AUGAACAGCAGUGCUCUCGAGACAAACAACAACACUGGUGACGCAUCCACCGCCGACACCACGUACAUGCCAUCCACCGCCCAACAACGUGUCAUAUCAUCGAUCCAGCUCCCUCUUUCCAUCUUGUCGUUGAUUGGAUGUUCACUGAUUGUGUACAACCUCACUCGAAGGAGCAGCAAAAAUUCGCCACAUCGAAGAAUCAUGCUUGCGUUGAGUGUAUCCAACAUAAUUUCGACACUAGGGUGGAUGCUCCAACCAUUCUUGGUGCCAACAGAUGUGCCAGACCCAUGGGUCUAUGCAGUCGGGAAUGAUGCUUCGUGUGUCAUGUUGGGUGCUAUAUCGCAAUUCAGCAUUAUGUCACAACCCUUGUAUUUGGGGCUCUUGUCGGUGUACUUUCUCGCGACUGUCAAGUUUGGAGUCAAGCAAAGAGAAUUUGAAGUCAACUAUGAAACGUGGUUUCAUGUAUCCAUUGUCAGCUUAGUCGUGUCCACAGUCAUAGGAGGAAUUGCUCUUGGAUUAUUCCGUCCGAAUGUGGUAUCCCCUGGUUGUUGGGUGAACCACGAGCCUCAAGACGAGCGAUGCAACGGACGCUGGUGUCGAGAAAGGACAUUUGCUUUUGCGUUCGGUGCCGUCCCAGCCUUGGCGAGUCUUUUCGUUAUUUUUGUCAGCAAUUUGAUGCUGUACAUUCAUGUACGAACAACUGUGAUGGAAGGACAAAAGAAGUCCAUCAUUAUCGAAAGGAAACUAAGAAGCUUUCAAACCUCUUUCAUAUCGUCGUCACCUCAACAAGAGUCCACGUCGCGGACUUUCAGCGAUUCGCAGCACCAAGAAGGCGCAUGUGAGGCGGUUGGGAUCCGCCAAGAAGCAGUGGAUGCCAGCAAGAAGUAUGCUGUUUCCAGUGCUUCAUUUGGUGGUAAAAGUGUCAUGAGUGGUGGUGGGAGUGUCUUAAGGUCUUCCAACAAGCAAUGGAAGCGUGUUCGACAGGUGGGGCGCCAAGCCUUUCUUUAUGUCGGCGCAUACCUUACUGCGUUUUCAUGGAGCUUCCUUCUUCACACUUUGAUCAUUCUAGAUUUUGAUAAGCAUCAGGGAAUCCGCCACGCCAUGUUUCCAUUGAUGGUUCUACAAGCGAUUUGCGGCGGUUCGUUGGGUGUCUGUCUGGCCGUAAUCUUUUUCAAUCCAAAGUUGAGACAGGCUCGACUCAAGUACGACUGUGAGCCGUUGUGGUGGGUCCUGCAGCAAGUUAUCACAGGAGAAGCUGAAAAGGUAGAGCGUUUUUCGAGUAUCUCAAUGGCCAGCAGCGCCGGGCGAAGAAGUUUCAUUCGGCAUCGGGGUCGUCGUGGCGACACACCCAUCAUGGCAAUGAUGACCAAGUACUCGCCCGGAACUUGGCAAUCGAAAUCACCCGAACCACAAGUGCCGGGUGCCAUCGGCACGAGUCCUAAGCAAAAAACUGAAAGCAUUUCAAAUGACGAUAUGAGGAUUGAAGAAGAUUACGAAGAUGCAGACCUGCUCACAGCCAAGAUGGAGUUGGAACAUCAUGACAAUGGUAUUGAAGAAGUCAACAACCACGAAUCGAUCCUUGAAUCUAUUAGAAUAUCUUUUGACGACGAUGAUGAAGAAGAAGCAGACUUGGAGACAGCCGACACGGAGUUGGAAAAUCAUGAUGUAUAG